AGGACUCAUUUUUUUCAAACUACGGUCACACUUAUUGAUACAGUCUGGCAUCUUUGCUGCAAUUGUAAUUUAAUAUUGUUUGUUUUUAAUACUGGGUCGUUGCAACAGAUUUAAAGAAGUAUGUACAUAUAUUGGUGUACAUAGUCAAAAAUAAAAAGAUAUCAACACUUGGCCAGUAUGUCACGCUAUCGGGAAUGGGACUUGGCCUGCAAAGUAUAUGUUGGAAACUUGGGAUCAUCAGCAUCAAAAUUUGAGAUUGAAACUGCAUUCAAUAAAUAUGGACCUUUACGUAACGUAUGGAUAGCACGCAAUCCGCCUGGCUUUGCAUUCGUUGAGUUCGAAGAUCGGCGCGAUGCUGAAGAUGCCACCCGAGCACUUGAUGGAACACGCUGCUGUGGCACUGCAAUCCGUGUAGUAAUGUCUUCAGGAUGCUCUCGCGACAGAGCUCUUCGUGGCGUUGCCGAAGGAUGCGGCAAUAGUGGUGGGCGCGGCAAUGGACGAUUUAGAUCCCGUUCACCAAGGCGUUCUCGGACACCACGAAGCUUCUCUAGAGAUAAUAGAAGUCGUUCCAAUUCACGUGAUCGAUAUAAAAAACAUUAACUAACAAUUUAGUUUUAAUCAAAAUUGUGUUUAAUGGAUCAAAACAAGCAUUUAUUUGAACUAAGUAACCUUAAGUAAUUGAAUUAAGUAAACAUUUUUCCAUGCA